GAAAGCGAUGGAUGGCGGAGUGGUGAACCAUGGUUACGUGGGCGACCUGCACCCGUCGAAGCCGGGCAACAACAACCGCGCGGCGCGGUUCCCAAGCUCCAGCGAUUCUACCAGCGGAUACUACUCUACAAGUACAUCGAUAGCCGAAGAGAACCCUGGACUCUCCAUCUCCAUCCAGUUCCGUCAGCCAGAGGUUAUGCUGUUCACCGACCUCAGCAAGUCGGAGGGCCACGCGCUGCUGCUACGAGCCGAGCUAAUGCUGGACUACUCCUCGCACGCCGCGCAGGAGAGCCUGGUGCUGUCGCUGGCCGGCCUGCAGGUGAUGUCCAAACUGCAGUCCAAGCUAAAGAACCUGCCUCCCCAACCGGUGCUGAAGCCGUGCGACGUGGAAUUCUCGAAGUGCUUCAAGAACGUCGAGGAAGGCGUCAAGGUCAAGCUCUCUGUGUCCGAGAUAGAAGUGCAUAUUGCAGCCACUACUGUACAUACAGUUAUGGACAUCAUCGAGGAGAUCACGACUGAGCUCUCAAUCCCGGACGAAAAGGAGCCCUUCAACUUCGCGUCCUACCACCCUAAAAUGGAAAAGCCCGACGAAGACUUAUGGUCUCCUAAGAAGCUGACUCCCUACGUCAUGCUGAACCCUGAGGAUAGCUACGUGCAGCCCAAGUAUCCCACGGUGACGCCCACGGAGACGUGUAGUGUGCGAGUGCCCAGUGUGAGAGUACUGUUUGAACUGGAGCAGACUGUGCGCGUGCCUGUGCUCAUGCUUGAGAUGUCGGGCGAGCUGACGCUGCACGACUGGUCGCGUCAACUGCACGGCUGCGGCAGCGUGGCGGCGCAGGCGCACGUGCAUCCCUUACAAUCGUUCCUUCGAGCCGGAUCUGUCUAA